AUGGCAAUGCAAUACAUGAAAUCGAUUAGGAGGAAACCUGUGGCGAAAACCGAGUCAACACCAACGCCAGCAGCGGAAACACAUGGCCCUGUAUUGACGGACGAGGAUGAGGCAUUCCUACACCAUGUUGCAACCUCAUCGUCUAUAUCGGGAGGGAGCGAUAGCGGUGACAAACAGCCAGGAGCACACAAUACCGAACAGGGGAGGGCACUCAUUGAUGAACCACUGGAUGAUGAUUUGAGACGUUUGGCUGAGGAUAGGGGAUCCCAGGAGAAACUUGAUACCCCUGUUACGGAGCCUGCUGCUGCUACUACGCCAUCUUCUGCUUCCACUGAUCAGAAAAAGACGGAGAAAGGGCACAAGUCGCACAAGAGCUUGUGGGGUAUGCUUAAAGAUAGGAAAUGGCUGGGAGAGACUGAGAAAGUAGAUAAGGGGAAGGGGAAGGAUAAAGCGGAUGAGGGUAUUCCAGCAAGUAGCGAAGUGGCUGGUAAAGAGAAAAGCGAAGAGGAGAAGAAGGAAGAUCAAGAUUUGUCCAAAGUCCUUGAGCAGUUGAACCUAGCAGCUGUCAACAACCGAGUCUUUUCGAUAAGCAGCGACACGCAGGCGCUUCUAGAACAGUUCAAGCAGGUGUUCAAGGACCUGGUCAACGGAGUACCAACAGCGUACCGCGACCUCGAGUCCUUGCUCACAAAUGGCGACCAGGAACUACAGAAGAGCUACGCGAAGCUGCCUAGCUUCCUGCAGAAGCUGGUCGAAAAGCUGCCCAACAAGAUGACGGAGAAGUUUGCACCAGAAAUUCUUGCGGCGGCAUCAGCGAAAGCGAGUAAGAGCGGUAUAAACAUGCAGCAUGUGGACAAAGCGACGAGCACGGCGAAGAAGAUAGGCCUUGAGGUACCCAACCUGAAGGAAUUGGCGGGAAAGCCUGCAGCUCUUGCGGGAUUGCUCCGAUCUAUCAUUGCGUUUUUACGUGCAAGGUUCCCUGCUUUGAUUGGCAUGAAUGUCCUCUGGUCUCUGGGACUGUUCAUUCUACUCAUGGUUCUAUGGUACUGUCACAAGCGUGGUCGUGAGGAACGGCUUGCAAGAGAAGCCAGCAUGACCGGAGAAGGUGAGAAAACAGAAGGUGAAGAAGCAAGGGUGAUCGAUGUCACGGACGAGGCAUCGCCGUCAACGACGCCAGCAGCUGCAUCAGCACCCGUACCAACUACGAGAACAGUAGCAAACACUGAAAACGAUGCCCAACUCACAAGGCAGACGGAAGGUCAAGUGCAGGCUCCGACGACGCAGAUCGAAGCCCCGACCACCGCCACCUCAGAAGCAGCUGCAGCAGACAAGGAACCACGUCAAGCUAAGGAAGAGGAGAAUGUAAAGGUAUAG